GCAGGCAGAGCCGCGGCGGAGGCCGGAGUGGGGUGGGGGGCUGCCCGGUGAGCUUUCCGGGCCGGGCCCGGCCUUGCGCGCACGUGGCCGCCCGCUCCUGCUCGCGCUCGCGGUCCUGGGCGCUGCCGGAAAGGAAUAAUGCUGUCAGCAUGUCUGCACACUCCAUGCUCUGUGAGCGAAUUGCCAUAGCCAAGGAACUGAUCAAGAGAGCAGAAUCACUUUCUAGAUCAAGAAAAGGUGGCAUCGAAGGCGGGGCGAAGCUGUGCAGCAAACUGAAGGCAGAAUUAAAAUUCUUACAGAAAGUAGAAGCUGGGAAAGUCGCUAUUAAGGAGUCCCACUUACAGAGCACUAACCUAACACACCUAAGAGCCAUCGUGGAAUCGGCAGAAAACCUGGAGGAAGUUGUCAGCGUUCUCCAUGUCUUUGGUUACACAGACAGCUUGGGAGAAAAGCAGACCCUUGUGGUCGAUGUUGUUGCAAACGGUGGUCACACUUGGGUGAAAGCCAUCGGCCGAAAGGCUGAAGCUCUGCAUAACAUCUGGCUGGGCAGGGGUCAGUAUGGUGACAAGAGCGUCAUUGAGCAGGCAGAAGACUUCCUCCAGGCCAGCCACCAGCAGCCAGUGCAGUAUAGCAACCCUCACAUCAUCUUUGCGUUUUACAACAGUGUCUCCAGCCCCGUGGCAGAGAAGCUGCGAGAAAUGGGCAUAUCCGUGAGAGGGGACAUCGUGGCGGUGAACUCUCUGUUAGAUCACCCUGAAGAACUCCAGCCCAGUGACAGUGAGUCCGACGACGACGAGGGCCCCGAACUCCUGCAGGUGACCAGAGUCGACCGGGAAAACAUCCUAGCCAGCGUUGCGUUUCCCACGGAGAUCAAGGUCGACGUGUGCAAGAGAGUGAAUCUGGACAUUACGACUCUAAUUACGUACGUCUCUGCCCUCAGCUACGGAGGCUGCCACUUUAUCUUCAAAGAAAAAGUGCUCACGGAACAAGCAGAGCAAGAGAGGAGAGAGCAGGUUCUCCCGCAGCUGGAGGCAUUUAUGAAGGACAAGGAGUUGUUUGCUUGUGAAUCCGCCGUCAAGGAUUUCCAGUCUAUUCUAGAUACUUUAGGAGGACCUGGGGAGAGAGAGAGGGCCACGAUGCUAAUUAAGCGAAUUAAUGUGGUCCCCGACCAGCCUUCUGAGCGUGCCUUGAGACUAGUGGCCAGUUCAAAAAUCAAUAGCCGCUCGUUAACGAUCUUUGGCACAGGAGACACCUUAAAAGCCAUCACGAUGACUGCCAAUAGUGGGUUUGUCAGAGCGGCCAACAACCAGGGUGUUAAGUUUAGCGUGUUCAUCCAUCAGCCCCGAGCACUUACUGAGAGCAAAGAGGCUCUCGCCACCCCCUUACCAAAAGACUGCACAGCUGACAAGGAACACGCAUGAUAUCCUUUAUGUAUCGUCAUGGAAAUAAGUUAUUUAUACCAAAGGCUGGGGCUUCCCAUCUUAAUUGGGGAAAAACAAAAAGUCUAGAGUAAAAAUAACACUUAGAACUCUUAAACCAGUAAAGUUGAUCAUCUACAAAAUACAUAACUGAAAUGAGAAAAAGCAAAGGUGGUAGACUUGUUUAUCGGACUGUCUACACUUGGCGAUUAAGAACAGAAAUACAUCUGUCUAAAGCUUUUAGCUGUUUCCCAAUACUUGUGUUUGAUUUCAUUAGGGCAACAGCCCAGCUAAUGGUAAUCGCAUUUCUUGGACUCUGGUGAUUUUGCAUCUUGCAUUAAAUUUCUGGAGAAAACUCUGAA